AAUAUACACGAAUUAAUAAUGUUGUCAUUAUGGCCAAAAAUGUAAACAAAGAUAGGCCGUCUGACUUUUAUUUCAAGCUUAUUUUAUUAGGAGACUAUAAUGUUGGUAAAACGUCAAUAUUUCGUCGAUUCAAAGAUAAUGAGUUCAAAGAAAGUGGAAAUUUAAGCGUCGGAAUCGACAAUUAUUCAAAAGUUAUAGAAGUUGACGGACAAAAUGUUACCCUUGUACUUUGGGAUACUGUUGGGACAGAGCGAUUUCGAACUCUUACUAGGAACUACUUUCGGAAUGCUGAUGCUUGUCUUAUUGUAUUCAGCUCUAAUGAGCCUGAGACUCUCACUAGCUUGACACAAUGGGUGCGAGAUGCUGAUGAUUUUUCAGAAAAUGCAUUGAAAGCAUUGAUAAGAAAUAAAAAUGAUUUAAAAUGUCUGAUUGCUCAAGAAAAAGUUAAUGCAUUUGCCCAUCACCAUGACUGUGAUAUUGUGUUUAACAUUUCUGCAAAGACAGGGGAAGGGAUUCAAGAAAUGUUCAAAACGAUUGCGCAAAAGCUCAUUUUAAAAAGCAGUCGUGUACAGAAAAAUCAAUCAUUGUUUGAAAGAGAUGUUCAUCAAUUAGAUGCUCAUGAAGUGGAUGUUAAAGCUACCUGCUGUUAAGAAAAAAAAGUAAAAGAAAGACUUUUUCAAAUGAAAAUAUUUAUUUUUUCCUUACACUUAACCUUUAUGAAAGCAAACAUAUUUCAAAAAAUGUUUCAAAUAAAUUCACUAUCUUAAUGUCUUUUUAUAAUACAAGAUCUGAUAUUAUUUUCCAAGGCAGCCUUUAUUUUUAGAGCUUAAUAAAAGAAGGUUUUUAGUGAUACUAAUUAGAGAAAAACAUUUCAGAAAGAUAGGGCAACAACAAAAUGCUAUUUAUGAAAUAUAUUUUCUCAUUAAAAGUAUGUUGUUUAAUAACCUUGCACAAAAAAUUUUAAUUCAGUAUAUACAGCUAACCAUAAUAUGCUUUUUAAGCACAUAAUCUUGCACUUUUUCUGAUUGCCACUCAGUACCUUCUUCUACUAAGAUCUUUAUUGUAAUUGUAAAUUUUCGUGCUGGUUACUAUGCAUUUACAUCUUGAGAUAGUAUAUAAAGGGGGAAGAACGGUUUCUGUCCGUUUUUCACAAAAAUGGCCCCAGUGACAAAAGGCUAUGCUGGGUGUAAAAGGUUCCUGUUCAUACUUAAAUUGGUCAAGCCAGUUUAGUUAAGUUAGAUCAGUGGUUAAAGUCAGCUUAUGUGGACAUAAAACAUUUUUUCCCCCUGAUAUUUAUUUGUUUUGAAAAAGAUUUAGUUAAAUUGAGAAGAGUGUUCUUCCAAUUGAAAUAAAUAACUUUGCAACAGUUUAAAUUUGGAUUUUUAACUGUUUAUUAUCAACAAAAAAAUUUAAAAGUUUCUUUUUCUUUUUUUUAUCAUAUAUUUUCACAGAAACACUGAAUUCUUUUAACUGUGAAUUAUCUUGAAAACACUAUGCAUAUUGGUUACUUGAAUUGUAUUUCUUUUUUACUAUUUUAAAGCAGUAACGUUUCAAUUAAAAUUUUUAAAAAAAUAGUUUCUUUAUAACAAUUGUGCCAAAUGAUCACAAAUCUAUAUUGAUCAUAUAGUUACAUUGUACAUUUGUUACCUGAUGAACACAUUGUCACAAUCAACAAAUUUUAAUAAGCAUAUUUUUCCCCUCAUAAACACUUAACUAUAAUUUCAGUUCAGGUAUACUGAUAUUUUUAAUUUAGUUUUCUAUAUAGUAAUUUAUAAAGAACUCAAUAAUUAUGCACUCUCAAUCUUUAAAAAAUUCUUAAAUAACUUAUGAACAUUAAAAGAUGUGUGAACAAAAUUAAACUAUAUUCUUGAUAUUAUAUAAUCUUUUGUUAGGGUCAAAUUUCAUAAUAAACAAUUUUUAUAAUGAGAUGAAGAAAGUUAGAAGAAUAAUUUCUUCUUAUCUGAAAUGUGAUAAUCACUUGUAGUCCUUCCUUUAUGUAUCUAAAAAAAAACACUCAAUAUUUUUAUACAAUUUUGUGUAAAAAUGAAUCUGUGCAUUGUAAAAAUUAAAAAGUAUCAGAAAUAUCUCACAUAAUUUCUAAGAAAUCUUUUAUUUUAUGAAUCUCUGUACUUUUAAUCUAAAUACAUUUUAAUAGAUACUUAAUUUAUUUGCAUUUAUUUUUUUUAAUUGACGCAUCUAUUUUCUUUGUAUUUGUGAUACAUCAGUUAGAGUUCUCAAUAAAUUUUUUAAUUUAUCGUGUUA